UAUUUAAACAGAAAGUGAAUAACAAAAAUAAGAUAAGGAACGAGAAUUGGAUGAUAACGUCGGGAGACCUUUUAUUUAGAAAAAAAUCAACUUUAUAUUUGCAUGAGAAAAUGCAAAUUGUUUAUUUGAUUAAGCGAAUGCAGCAAAACUAUCGUCACUUUUCAUUUUUUUACUAGCGGGGUAACUUAUGAUUUAUUAUUAUAUGACAUAUAAAUAAAUAUAUAUUUUUUAUUUAAUAUAUAAAAAAUAAAAAUUAAUUAUUGCUAGAAGGCAACGCCUGGAAUUCCAAGAAAUCAGAAUUGUUUUAAGCAAAAGAAAAAGUACUAGGAUGGUAAGGGAAGAUUUUGCUAAAGGGUUAAGUGAGAUUCUUGCCAUUAGUUUGAUCUGAACCAAAAAUUUCUGUUCUGUUCUGCCCCGAAAAAUUCGUAGUUUCAAUAUUAUUAAAUAAUAUUAAAAUUUGGUCCUUUAAAAUGUUGAGAGCUACCAUUCUGGCUACAUUCCACAAAAAAUCUCUAACAUACCAAAAGAGACAUACUUUUUUGUUUAAAAUAUAUUUAAACUUUAAUUUUUAAUUGUUUUUUCUUUAAAUUUUUUUACUACAAUUUAUAUGUCUUUAUUUCUAACCCUUCCUUCCUCCCCUCCUCCAACCCUAAAAAUUCUUUUAUUUAACAGCUGGGAAAGUAAUCCUUGUCAAUUAAAUAUCUCUUCUGUCUCCAAUCCUCCCGGAUAAAGUUAGAGGAAAUAAACUAAAAUAUUAAAUGAUUGAAGAGCAAAAAAUAAGAGAAAAAAAGAGGUCAAAGGACAAUAAAUCCGUUCAAAUAAAUGUGUAAAGAAAUUAUUGUUUAAUGAACAAAUAAUAUAUCUUAUAUAUAUUUUAUUUGUCUAUCAAAUAGAUAACACAAAAAUAUUUAUUUAGAUAAAAAAAUUAACUAGUUUAGUUGAGAGAAAUAGAUAUUAUUUUUAUUUAUUUAUUGAUAAAAUUUAUAUUUAUUUUUCGAUAACAUUAUUUUAAAUCAAAAAAUAAAUAUUCUCUUUUAAAUUUUGUUUAUUCUUCUUUUAGUUUUCUUUUCAAUAAUAACUAAAAAUAAUUAUUUAUUCUUGUCUAACAUUUUUAUCUCAACUUUUUUUUUCAUUUUAAAAUAAUUUAUUUUCAAUUUUCUUUCCUUUCUUUUCCAACUACUAACCUCAAUUUCAACACAUUUUCUCAAUAAUUUUCAUUCAAAUACACACAUGAAUGAACAAUUUUCGCGCACACCAAAUUUGGAAAUAAUUGCUGUGUGCCACUCAUUCAAUUUUAAUCCAAUAAAAAUAUUUUUCAUAUUUUUAUAGAAAACAGCUUUUUUGGAUUGUUUAGAAUUAAAAUUAGUAUAGGGAUAUAUAUUUUUUGUUACCUCACAAUAAAUAUGUCAUAUCCACUAUAUAUAACCAUAUUUUGUGUGAAUUCAAACUGUGAAUUUAUGUGAGGGCUAACAAAUGGAGGAGGGUUAUUUAUAGUAGAGAAACCACAAAGAAACACACACACACACACAAACCCAUAACAAAUACACCCAAAUAAGGCUUUCUAAAAGAUUAUGCCGCUAGAGCGCAAAUUGAGUAAGUGAAUGUGUUUUUAGUGUGGCAGGAGUGGGGGACUGCCUGAGGCUAUAGAUAAAUAUAUUUUUGUGAGGGAGGAGGGGAGGGGUUGGCUGGCUGGCACGGUCAGCUAUUCUAGUAGUACAUACUACAUAUUUCCGUAUUCAAUACCUCACUUUCUCCCACAUCAAUUUACUGGAUUUGGCGGUUGAUUGUUUGGGGAUUUUCUUUUUUAUUUAAAUUUAAAGGAAGAAAAUUUAUAAUUAGUGAAAAAUUAAAUUAAAUUAAUUUUUGGUUUAUUCGAAAAUGGUUAUAUCUUUCUUAUUUAAUUCAUUAGCUUUAAAAUAAUAAAUUUUGAGAAGUCGUGAAAUUUUAUAACUAAAUGACUAAUUAAUUCUCUCAAUAAAUAACAAAAAUUUUAAUAUUUUAUUUGAAAAUCAAUUUUUGUAAAUAAAUAUUUUUUACAAACAAAAAUAUUUUUCUUGUUUUUGUGUUUGUUUAUUCUUUACCGUCUUAUACCUCCUUAAAUUUAUUGCCACACAUAUUGAGAAAAAAAACGAGAAAAUGAAUGAUUAAACAUAAAUUUAUUUCUCUAAAGCUGAUAUUUUACUAUUUUUCUCUGAAAUACUUUUUUGCCUUUAAAUUUAUUUUUAUUAGCUUAUUUAAAGAACGGGAGAGGGACAUUUGUUUUUAAAGUCAAGAAGGAAGGACAAAUUUAAAGAAAAAUCGGGAAAAAGUAAAAUGUGAAAUAUAAAGCGACCUCUAUUUUAAAAUUAAGGGGAAAGGAUUUGAGGGAGAGGGAAAGGAGAUUUAAUAAAGGAUUUUUUAAAUAAAUUUAUUAUUAUUAAAAAAGAAAAAAAAGUAUUUUCAUUUAAAAUUUAUUAUGACAAUUUACAAAGAAAAAUAAAAUUAAGGUGAAUAACGAGGAACUUUUUUGUUAGUAAUUUUUUGGAUUUUUAUAUUUUAAAAUCAAUAAAUUUAAUUUCCGAUUUUUUUAUUUAUUCUCUUAUUGACAGUCAAUUAUAAAUAUAUUUAUCAUCCUCUCUCAAAUGACUGACAGAUAAAUAAUUUUUUGUAUUUUUUUUUCAAUUUUUUCGUCACCUUUAACCUUUCCAUUUGGCAGCAAUUUAUUCUUAUUGCAUCAUUAUUUAUUCUUUUUUUUUCUUUUUCUCUUCCAGUCGGGUGCCGCCCCCAUUUUUUGAUCAGCUGACUUCCCGACAUUUCCAUUACUUUUUAAAUUUUAGUAGUUACGAGUUCUUUAAGUUCUUUAAUGCUUUAUCUUUUAUUAUUAUCAAACAAAGGUGUAUUUAAUAGGGAUGUCUUUUGUAUUUUGUAUUUUAAAAAUAUUUUCUAAUAAAAAUUCGGGAUUUUAUUUUCUUUUUUCUUUUUCUCUUCUUUCAUUUUUGUGUGCUAUUUUUUUCUUCUCACACGCGCAUUUUUCUCUAUCCCGUGGUCUUCCCAUGUACAUACAUAUUCAUUUCCCGCCCCUUCCCUUCCUUCCCUUAAAUUCAUAUAAAUGGCCAACAAAUAUAAAUUGGAAAUAA